UUUGGAUGAAACUCCUAAUAACUAAAACCUUUUGUGUUGCCAAUAAAAAAAUAUUUAAAUAAACUAAUAGAUAAAAGAAAGUAACUUAGGCAGGUAUUUCCAAACACAUACCACUAAAAAAAGUUAUUAUUUAUUUAUCUAGCCAUGUAAGUUACACGCCAAGAUCAAAAACACAUUGAUAAAGUUAUCAGAUGUGACGUCACAGAUAAAAUAAAGUGUAACACCAAAAUGUACCCAUCAAAUAAAAUUUGUAGUUCAACGUUUAACUUUUUAUCUUUUUUAAGGAAUGUUAGGUGAAGGCGUGAACUUACAAAAUCAAAUAUUUUGAUCAUGGCACCAUG